UGUAGUUCUGCCUGCACUUAGUGAAACCCUCUGAAGGGAUUUCUGAAAACAGGGAACAAACUGAGAAUGAGAUCCAGUUUGCCAAUCAUAUGCUAACUAAUGAUUGAAUUUCUAAUAAGUCAUGCAGUUCAAUAAGCUUUUAAUAUAGUUGUGUGAAGAAGUAGAAUCAUGGUUAAAUACUACUCUCUUUUUUCUCUCUCUCUUUUCAAGGAUGGCAGCAGAACGUGACUUAGAAAAGUCUGAGGCCAUAAAUUUGGGAAAUAUAAUCUUUGAUGAGAGUGGUUAUUUUGUGUUAUAUGCCACCAUGUUGGGAGUGAAAGUGGUUAACUUGUAUACCAACAAAUGUGUGAAGACCAUUGGAAAACCCGAAAACUUAAGGCCUCUGAAGUUAGCUUUAUACCAAGGACGUGCAAGGAAGUCAAAAGCAGCAGUAACAGUGGAAAUGGAGGCCUCUGAAAACCCAACUUUAGACUCUAUCCAUUCAGAUCCCACACUGUUUUGCACUGCAUUCAAGAAGAACAGGUUCUAUAUGUUCUCAAGGCGAGAACCUGAAGAUACCAAGGGCCAAGAUGCAGAACGAGAUAUCUUCAAUGAGAAACCAUCCAAAGAAGAUAUCAUAUCUGCAACAGAAGCCCCAGGUGUUCAGCGUUUGUAUGACAGUGCAAUUAUCCAUACAGCACUGGGAGACAUUCAUCUCAAGCUCUUUGCCAAAGAGUGUCCUAGGGCUGUGGAAAACUUCUGUGUGCACAGUAAAAAUGGCUACUACAAUGGUCAUAUUUUCCAUCGAGUCAUCAAGGGGUUUAUGGUUCAAACUGGAGACCCUACAGGGACAGGCACUGGAGGACAGAGCAUAUGGGGUGGAGAAUUUGAAGAUGAAUUCCACCCAAACCUGAGACAUGAUCGACCAUACACUUUAAGCAUGGCAAAUGCAGGUGCUAAUACAAAUGGCAGCCAGUUUUUCAUCACUGUUAUACCAACACCAUGGUUAGACAACAAGCAUACAGUGUUUGGACGAGUUGUGAAGGGAAUGGAAGUAGUGCAGAAUAUUAGCACUGUGAAAACAAAUCCAAAGACAGAUAAACCAUAUGAUGACAUUCAGAUUGUAAGCAUAAGUUUAAAGUGAAUAUGGACUGGCGACAAACAUAUUCAGCUCUGAGUUAAAUCAAAUAAAAUGCUUAGCUGGAUAUAUCCACAUUACCCAUGUAUGAAAUGGAGAUCUCAGUGCCAUGUAAAGCUUCAAGACACCUUGAAUGGCACUGGUGGUGUUUCUGUCUCAGAUCUCCACAACUGAUAGUUAUAUUGUUGAAGAUGGGAAUUAAAGUGUUUCAAGGUGAGGUGACCUCCAUUGUCUAGCAUUUAUACAACUUUUAUAAAAGUCCAUCACUUAAUGUAACAUUAAUGUCUGUAAUUGAAUCAGAAGGCUAACAGACAGACCAGCAGCUUUUUAACAGAUUUUCUUUAUAACAUGAUAUCUGAAAAUGAAUAAAAGGAAUUUAUGAAUGAAAUAAAAAAUAACCACCGAGAUCUCUUGUCAGCACACAUUCCUUUUCCCCAGUUUGUGGUGGCAGUGGGAAGGUAUUCUCUGUAAUACAGUUUAAUUUAUAUUGUCUGUAAAACACUGUAAUUAUAUAUAUAUUAUUUUAAUAAAACUGCAAUAAAGACCAACUUGUAGAUAGGUAAUCUUCAAAAACUUGUUUAAGAGGUGAGAUGUAAAGUGAAAAAUUAUUUCCAUGAUAGUGGCAGAUGUUAAAGUCUUGUAUGGUAAGUAUACCCUCCAUAAUAACCAUGUUCCAGCUAACAUUUUUGUAAAUAAAUAAAAGGAAUGUGGUCCAGAUGCUUUAUGGACUGACUAAAUUUUACAAUGUAGCCGUCUGUUGUGGAAAUGGUAAAAUCUGUAUAAAUGCAUCCUGUCCUAGCAAUACAUAUUGCUUUCUUCACUGUUUUAGAGACUACAGCAUUUUAUAUUACUGUUCUGCUUCUAUUGCUCUGUUAGAUACUGUAACUAUACUUAAUUUUUGUACACUUUUACUGAAAUAGAAUUAUUAAACAUGAAUUCCAAUGAUAAGUUCAUGUUCAACAGUUCACUGUCACCGCCUCAAUGGACCUAGAAGGCUUAGAACAACGAUGAAGUAUUUGCAUCACCAUGGCAUUAUAUAGACAGAGCUUUUCCAUUCUUUUUUAUCCUCCCAUAAGCACUGUUAUUGUAUCUGUAUCCACUCUUUGCUUACCGGCAUCUGUCAUAUCUGCAUGUUAUCUUUGACCCCUGUUUACUCUUUGUUAAGUAUGUUAUGUUUUACAGCUCUAACAUUUGUCCAUACCUCUGUAUCCUAAAUUUGACAGUCUCUUCUUGUAGUGUUUCUUCUUUCAGAACUUCCCGAAUGUAAUGACUUCAAGUCCUUAUUUCUUGUUAUUCACUUCUGAAUAUUUAAAGAUUCUCCAUCUGUGCAGUGUGUAGUGUACUUAAUUUCUUACAGAAUGUAGUUUCAUAAUUUGUUCUUACUGCAGGAACCAAGUAGAUGUUUCAAUAACAAGUGUGCAGUGGGAUAUUUUAACAAGCAAAAGUCAUUAAAGAGUUCUAUUUUCUGAGAUAUAACAGUAUGUAGGCUAUUACAAAUCAGCCGAUAUUUCAUCUGAAACGUCUGUUGUGUUUCAAUGGACUAUACAGCUUUAUGUAUAUCUUCAAGUCCACCACUGUGGGAGCCUCAGUUCAUACAAAAAUCAUUAAAAUGCUGAAAUUUCUGUUGAGAUCUGCCAUGACUUACUCCACAUUUGGGGGGAAGGAGUGACAGAUUUCUUUGAAAGCUUCUUACAGCCCCCCCCCUCCAUAUUCUGUAAGUUGGAGGGACAGCUGUUUCUAAUUUCACCAUAAACUGUCAAGAAAUUGGGCCAUUCAUCCUUAGCUGUGUAAUAUUUUCUUUUCAGACAUGGUCCUUGAGUCUGUGCUUCAUAAUUAAUUUUGAGCAGUCUGUGUGUCCCUACACUAUAUAGGUGUGGCAAAUUAAUUUCUUACUGUAGUCCAAAAAUUGUGAAUAUGGAUUUAGUCUCAAGUUCAGCCAGAAUAUGUGUGCUCCUUAGAUAGCCGUUGCCAUUUUAAUUGGAACUAUUUCAUGACAGCCACUGUUUAGUGUAAAUUACUCUUGGACCUCAAG